CUGGGAAAGGGGGCAGGAUUGGACAGAGGGUGUAAACGCCUCCCUCAUUUUAUUAAGCCUGUGUAUUGACUCACUCCAGUCACAAACUAAUAACUACCUGACUGACAAGAUUUCCUAUAACCUUUUGGAAUACAAAUGUUUCCAAUUUGGAUUUUGCUGUUUUCCAUUCUGACUGCAACAUUUGCCUCUCAAGAUAACCUUGUAAUCAGCACUACACAUGGGAAAGUCCAAGGAAAGCUCUUGUCUGUUCCAAAUGGCGAAGUUCGAGCAUUCCUUGGGAUUCCAUAUGCAAAGCCGCCUCUUGGAAAACUGAGAUUCCGAGCACCAGAGCCAGUAGAGAAAUGGGAAGGUGUGAAAGAGGCCAAGGAAUUACCUAACUCCUGCUACCAGUUGCCAGAUACAACCUAUCCAGGGUUCAUAGGUGCAGAGAUAUGGAAUCCAAACACACCCCUGAGUGAGGAUUGUCUGUACUUAAAUGUAUGGUCGCCUAAUUUCAACAAUACCCAGUCGUCGACCCUUGCUCCUGUAUUAGUUUGGAUCUAUGGUGGUGGCUUUGUCACUGGAACAUCCACCCUGGAUUUGUACCAAGCCCACUUCCUGAGUAAAGCUGAAGGUGUUGUUGUUGUAUCGAUGAACUAUAGAGUGGGAGCAUUUGGCUUUUUGAGUCUUCCAGACAACAAAUACUUACGGGGAAAUGCAGGCCUACUAGAUCAGCGUUUGGCACUCAAAUGGGUAGCCAGUAACAUUGCUGCAUUUGGAGGUGAUCCUUCCAAGGUAACAAUAUUUGGUGAAAGUGCAGGGUCCGCGUCAGUGGGUUUCCACCUGCUCUCUCCAGGCAGCCACAGCCUCUUUCAAAGGGCUGUGAUGCAGAGUGGCUCCCCUAAUGCACCAUGGGCCAAAAUAAGCCAGUGGGAAGCCUGGGACAGGUCUUUAAUGCUAGCAAAAAAGCUAGAUUGUCCUACGGAUCAUUCAGCUCAUCUGGAAACCUGUCUGCAACAAGCUGAUCCUCACAAGAUCUCAGUCAAGCAAUAUGAAGUUAUUCCACAGCCCUCAUUACUGUCCUUACCUUUUGGCCCAAUUGUUGAUGGGGAGUUCUUACCAGAUGAAGUUGAAGUGAUGCUUGACAGUAGUAAUCUUCCAAAGAAGGACCUGAUGAUAGGUCUAAAUAAGGAUGAAGGGACCUACUUUCUUCUUUAUGGAAUGCCUGGUUUCAGCCUCACUGGCCAGAGUCUAAUCAGCAGGAAUGACUUUCUGAAAGGCAUACCAAUAGCAAUGGUGGAUGCAAGUCAUAACGCUAAAGAAGCAGCUGUUUUUCACUACACUGAUUGGACUGAUGAGGACAAUGGAAUGAAAAACCGGGACUCGCUUGGUAGUCUGGUUGGAGAUCAGCUGCUUGUUUGUCCUGUGCUUGACUUUGCUCAGAGGUACUCACAAGGUGGGGGUAAGACCCUUCUGUAUUUCUUUGACCACAUGUCAUCCACAAAUCCCUGGCCAGACUGGAUGGGAGUAAUGCACAGCUACGAGAUAGAAUUUGUCUUUGGAAUGCCUCUGGAUGCUUCCCUUGGAUACACAAAGAAUGAAGUAAACAUGACCAAGAAGUUUAUGAAGCACUGGGCUAACUUUGCGCGGACUGGGAAUCCAGGGCUUGAUGGAGCUGCGUGGCCGGAGUUUACAUCUGAAAGUCAGAAGUACAUAACUUUGAACUACAAUCAUCCAGAACAAAGGAGCAUGAUGAGAGCUAAAGAAUGUCAUCUCUGGAACAAAUUGCUGCCUCAAAUCCAGAAGACCUCUGAUGAUCUGCAGUCAUGUAAAGCAAGUGGGAUUAUACUCAGUUCUAAUUGGAUAUUCCUUCUCAUUUUACUAGUUAUAAGUUUAACCCCUUGACUGAGUUCAGAAACCUCCCAACUGUUGAGUUCAUGUCUUUAUAUCUGACAAAUUAUCUAACCACUGCCUGAAAUCUAUAGCUUAUUUGUACCUUGGUUGCACUGUUGAUUACAAGUUUCUGCUUAAAUCAUCCAUUCAAACAAAA